UAGAUUCAGUUGCUCGAAGGGGUCUGCAAGGGGAAGUCGAAACGCAGGCGCGCCGUUACAAGACAAUGCUAAACGAAAUGAAAUAAGUUGAACACAAUAACAAAGGAGAUUGGAAAGCGAAACCACAAUAGAACCGUAUAUUAGUGGAGAAUUUGUGUCAGCAAUUUCAGUGGUCAACAAUGGACAAAGCAUCCUCAGAGAUGGAGACAGACUUGACUGGCCUCCACUUGGGUUGCUUGCUGUGCGAUAAAUGUUUCGUCGGCAUAGAUGCGCUCCAGGAGCAUCACCUGUCCCACUUUCCGUCGGUCACCCAACCGAUCCCCAAGAGUCAUUCCUGUGACCUGUGUGGGCGCGCGCUGCACUCGCUGCAGCAGCUGAAGAAUCACUACAAGCAAUACCACGAGGCCCUGGUCAGUACGGAAUCGAAAACGGGAGAGUUUUUUGAGUGCAAUCGUUGCGCCAAAUACUUCGUCCUUAAGGACUAUCUCACCCUCCACAUAAAGCUUAAGCAUUCCGAGUGGGAGAUAAAGAAACCAAAUGAUUCGAAUCAUCUGCCACGGAACCCCCAGCAUCAAAAAUAUCCACCGCGCUUUGAUUUCAUCAACGGCGGGACUGUGUGCUUGGACGACGACUAUUAAGUCUCGGAGCCCACAUCUCAAUAUUGCUAUUGUGGAAUAUUUUUUGAUUUUUGUAAAAAAUCGCCGUUAUGGUUCAUGAAUUGGACAUUGUUGGCUCUGAGAGCUGAAUUGCCGAAGUAGCUGAAAUUAACCACAGAUGCUAUAUAAGGAGAAAGAAGCGUGCCUGCAUUUCUUAAAAAUAAAUUUUUUACUAAAUACAAAUGUACAUAUUAUGCAAUAUCACACAGUUGAUUUAAUAUCGCUGCCAAGUGGACAAAAUUGGUUUAAUCUCUUAUAUAUAGUAUGUAUGUAAAUAAAUACGAUUGAAAAAGAAG